UUAUAUGCAUAAUGGUCCCACAUGUCAGUUGUACUCAUCUCCAAAGGAAAUGAAAACAAAAUAAUAAUCUAUGAGAACUCAAGACCAAAAAAUCUGUUCUUCUUCUGUCUCUGCAACCUCUGAUCAAGGCUUGAUGGAUUCUCUUCUCCAAUUAUUAUUAACUUUGAUCUUCACCCUCCUUUCCCUUGUAUUCUCUAUCUACUUUUAUCUCUCAAGGAGAGCAACUAGCCGCUGCAGUGUGCCGCAGGCUGGUGGGGCUUGGCCUGUGAUUGGCCACAUGCACCUCUUCGGUGGUCAGCAGCUAACUCACAAAACACUAGGGGCCAUGGCUGAUAAGUAUGGACCUGUGUUCACUAUAAAACUAGGAUCACACAGAGUUUUAACAGUGAAUAGUUGGGAAAUGGCAAGGGAGUGUUUCACUUCACAUGAUAGAGUUUUCUCCACUAGACCAAGCGUUGCAGCAUCAAAGCUGCUAGGCUAUGACUCUGCCAUGUUUGGUUUUGCCCCAUACGGUUCUUACUGGAGAGAGAUGCGUAAAAUAGCAACAAUUGAGCUUCUGUCAACACAUCGGAUUGAUAUGCUAAAGCACAUACGAGCUUCAGAAGCGGAAACUGCGAUAAGAGAAAUAUACAGAACAUGGGUUGGCAGAGGCAGAAAAGAAAGUGGACUCUUGGUGGAUAUGAAGCAGUGGUUUGGAGACUUGACUCAUAAUGUUGCUUUGAGAAUGGUGGGAGGGAGGCGAUGUUUUGGACCGAAUGCUGAUAUGGAGGAAGGAGAAGCACGUAGAUGUCAAAAGGUUAUGAGAGAUUUUAUUUUCCUGUUUGGGGUUUUUGUGUUGUCUGAUGCAAUACCAUUUCUUGGUUGGUUGGAUUUUAAUGGAUAUGAGGAAUCUAUGAAGAAAACUGCCAAGGAAUUGGACAUUCUCGUGGGAGGGUGGCUGGAGGAACAUAAACAAAAGCGACUGUUAAGUGGGAAGGAAAAGGAAGAGCAAGAUUUCAUGGAUGUGAUGCUUAACAUAUUGGAAGAAGCAAAGAUUUCAUGUUUUGAUGCAGACACCAUUAACAAGGCUACUUGCCUGAAUUUGAUCUUAGCAGGAAGUGACACAACCAUGGUUACUUUGACAUGGGCAUUAUCUUUAUUGCUCAACAAUCCUCAUGUGCUCAAGAAGGCUCAGGAUGAACUGGACCUCCAUAUUGGUAAAGACAAGCAUCUAGAUGAAACUGAUAUAAAAAAAUUGAUCUAUCUCCAAGCCAUUGUCAAGGAAACACUGCGCCUAUAUCCACCAAGUCCUCUCAUUGGUCUUCAUGCUGCAAUGGAAGACUGCACCCUCUCAACGGGCUACCAAGUCUCAGCUGGAACACGCCUGAUGGUAAAUGCCUGGAAAAUUCAACGUGAUGAGCGAGUGUGGUCAAAUCCUGAUGAAUUCCUUCCUGAGAGAUUCUUGUGUACUAACCAUAAGGAGACAGACUUGAAGGGACAGAAUUUUGAACUCAUCCCUUUUGGCUCAGGAAGAAGGUCUUGUCCUGGCAUCUCUCUAGCCCUCCAAGUAGUGCAUUUCACCCUGGCUAGUUUCUUGCAUUGUUUUGAAGUUGCCAAGCCAUUACCAAGCGAAGAUGUGGAUAUGAGCGAGAGCCCUGGCUUGACAAAUUUAAAAGCAACCCCACUUGAGGUUGUCCUUGUACCUCGUCUUAAUUCCAGGCUCUAUGGAUUCUAAACUGAAAACACCACUAGAUGGAAGAAAGUGCAAUCUUGUGGAGAUGCCUUAUCUACUGUAGAUAAAAAGUUAAAAAGAAAUAAAGAUUAUUUCUAAUAAAAUUGAAAAAGAUUAUGUCAACAACUUCUAACAUGUCUUUGAAUUUUCUAUUAUGUUUUCAAAUUUUAAAUUUAUUAUCUUCUACA